ACCGCUGCACAAGAAAUUAGGAUUCAAUAUGGCCGCUGCGUGUUGAUCGGACAAAAAGACGAGCUGGGUUCUUCAAGUAACCAGCCUGCACAGACUGUACCUCUGAGAAAUGGUCGAAGGUUCUGUCGGAAAGUUGAAAGACUCACAACUCUAGCUCGAGAGAGACCCCGAACUGAACAAGAUCGAGAUCCAGUGGGUGAUCACUGUAAAACUGUCUUGAACAUCGGUACAUCACAGAUCACUUUAUUAGUAGCGAGUUCCUGGAGUGGAUAAGAAACAGAGCUGCUGUCCUCGCUACUUGUGGCUUACUCAGGGAGCUGACGAGGCUGUUUGAGGGAAGGCUCAAAGCCCUUUCAUCAUCUCUUGACUCUCCUCCUCACUAGCUAGUAGAUUCCCGAUUAAAAGAGCCCGUUGUAGCCCUCUGCAGUUUCUUCAAACUUUUCCAGACUUCUGAGCUGUGAGAGGCUUCUACGAAGAUUUCUGUCGGAGGACCAACGCUUGCCCCCCGCCCCGCUUGUCUCCCGCAAACCUUUUGUGUUUCACUGUGUUUUGCGUAGCGGUGGGCGGUGCCUCAAGGAAUCCUGGACGGCCCAGGGGAAAGGCCGCGGUUCCCCUUCGGCGCGCCACCACCGGGAAUGCCGGUCCCUAUGGAUGGACGAGAGCACGGCUACAUGCCGAGGCAUACACCGUUUGUCAGCCAGCCGGACUACCGAAUCUAUGAGCUGAAUAAGAGACUACAGCAACGGUCAGAGGAGAGUGACAACCUUUGGUGGGAUGCAUUCGCGACAGAGUUUUUCGAAGACGAUGCCAGCCUCACGUUAUCAUUCUGUUUGGAAGACGGACCCAAAAGAUAUGCUAUUGGCCGGACGCUCAUUCCGAGAUACUUCCGCACGGUCUUCGAGGGAGGAGUAACAGAUCUGUAUUAUCUCCUCAAACAUCCCAAGGAGUCGUUCCACAACACCACCAUCACGCUAGACUGCGAUCAGACUACGAUGGUCACACAUCACGGAAAACCAAUGUUCACAAAGGUCUGCACAGAAGGCCGGCUUGUCGUGGAGUUCACUUUUGACGACCUGAUGCGCAUCAGGUCGUGGCAUUUCGCUAUUCGUCAACAUAGAGAACUAAUCCCCAGGAGUGUAGUGGCCAUGCAGUAUCACUCCCAGGACCCUGCAAUGAUGGAGCAACUCUCAAAGAACAUCACCAGACAAGGACUCACCAACGUUACACUCAACUAUCUCAGGCUGUGUGUGAUUUUGGAGCCCAUGCAGGAGCUGAUGUCGCGUCACAAGGCCUACACCCUCAGCCCCAGGGAUUGUUUGACAGCAACUCUCUUCCAGAAAUGGCGACGAAUGGUGACACCCCCAGCAGAACCCAAUAGAACACAGACCAAGCGUCGGAAGCGUAAAUCCUCCAACAGCAUGCCCCCUGGAGGCGGGAAUGGUCUACCGUCCGGUGGCUCCAAGAAGAAAUCCUCUCCCGGUAGCUACACAAUAUCCACCACACCUGAGGGUGUACCCACACGAAACGGGCCGGCGGGCCGACACAAGAGCAAAAGAAACCGUCCAAGCUCACCACAGCCCGUCCCCAUGCCUCCGUGGAUCCACGAGUCCGUUGCCGAGGACGUGAUGGUCGUUGGCGAGCCGUCCCUGAUGGGCGGAGAGUUUGGCGACGAGGAUGAGAGGUUGAUCACCCGGCUGGAGAACCAGCAGUUUGACUCCAACAACGGCAUGGAGAUGGAGGAGGAGUUUGAAUCCGGGUCCAGCAAGCGGCCCCCGUCAUCCGGCGGGCCUGGUCCAUGGACACCAGGGGACGUCAAACCACCUGUUUCACAGGGGCAAGAUGACAAAGCCUCGUCGUCCAAUUCAAACUGAUCAACACCCUCCUGAAAAAUAUGUCUGAAAAAAAUAAAACAAACUCAUUUUGUAUCCUUGAUGACGCAUCUCAGUUGUUUGAGAAGAAAGGUUUUGUCACCCAGUGGUUUCCCCCCAAAUCUGGGUACCAGUUACACCCUCAUUGGGAUCAGAGGGUACCAAUUGGGGUAUUCCAAUCUGGAUAGUAUGGGUGUGAUAGAUACCCAUAUACGAAUCAACGCAUAUGUUUUUUUAAAUUAUAUAAUACUAUCCUGCAGUGAGUAUUUUAUACAGCAGCCCUGGAUGAGUAUCUCUGAGUUAGGAGAAAGAAAUAGUUGUCUCAGUGAAGAGCUUCCUAGUUAGGGAAGGGACUAGAAUGAGCUUUGUUCAGAACCUCAGACAAGUUGCAGUCACUCAUCUCUCAGGACCUUUCCCUUUGAGUCAGUUCAGUAUCAAUAACCCUAAUGGACAGUGGCUCUUUUGUAUCAAUCUGCGAUGCAUUUUGUGCGCACUUGUUCAUCGGAUUUGUCCACAGAGUGUUGGUAUCCAGUUCCUGCAUGCAUUUUGUAUAGUAUACUUAGAUUUUUGUAUAAAAGCCACCGGACUAUGUUUAACUUUAGUCCACUCAUGAGUUUUGUAUCAAAAGAAAUAAAAUGGCAGGAUUUUUUGUUUUCCAAGGGGGAGAAGGUACUGUACAUGCGGAACCAAAGCCAAUGCAGCAUUGAAGCAUGGAAUGCCUCCCCUGUUGAUUAGCUUGCUUUCGUAUGGCGGGAGAUAAGUCAGGUUUCCUUCCUCCAUGUAGACUGGUCCCCUGUCCUUGGGAUAAGGACAGGUAUUGGUGUUCAUGUAUACACAUGUAGGUCGGAUUCAAUUACGAACCUCUAGAACAAUGAAGGCCAUGUCAAAUGAUGUGAGGUCAAAGGUGAAUAAGGACAUGGGCUCAAUGGAUAAAUUUGUGGCGUAAUUCAUGAACCUCGACGUGUGGUGUAUAAUGUUCAGGCUAUCCUCUAUGUAGCCUGAACAUCUGAUCUCACGCUUGUGAAUCACGCCCAUAGAGUUAUAUAUAAGAACUAGAGGGCGUACUGGUGAUGCUUCUUGCACAAACGCGACGAGACCGCAAGGAGACACGCGCGCCAUUCUGCACGUGCGUUGAAUAUGAUGUUCACGUUGGAAUUUGUGUUUAUUGAACGCUGACGCGAUGCUGUUUUGUCAACUUACAAAAUGGGCGCACAAACACACGCUGU